AUCCCAACUUCAUCUCUUCUUCUUCUUCCGUAACUGCCAUUAAACACCAACUACCUGAACCACCCACCACCCACCCCCUACCCUUACCCCUACCCUUACUCCUACCUAUGUCCCUACUCAUCUCUCCAGCUCCUAAUGGUUUACCGGUAACGGCGCCGGCGCCGGAGGAGGAGGCAGACGAGGAGUCUCUCACUCAGCCACUACUACUCAACGGCCUCCGGCGAUCAGCAUCCAACACCACUUCUCAGGUCGCCAUCGUCGGCUCCAAUGUCUGCCCAAUCGAAAGCCUCGAUUACGAAAUCUCAGAGAAUGAUUAUUUCAAGCAAGAUUGGAGGAGGGGAGAGAAGAUUCAGACAUUGCAGUACAUAUUCAUGAAAUGGAUGAUGUGCUUUUUCAUUGGAUUGCUUGUCGGCCUUGUUGGUUUCUGUAACAAUCUUGCAGUUGAGAACAUUGCUGGAACGAAAUUUGUGGUUACCUCUAAUAUGAUGCUAGCGAGAAGGUAUACAACGGCUUUUCUUGUAUUUGCAUCUUCCAAUUUCGGAUUGACAUUAUUUGCCAGCCUAAUUACCGCUUUUAUCGCACCAGAGGCUGCUGGUUCAGGUAUACCUGAAGUUAAGGCUUACUUGAAUGGUGUAGAUGCACCAGCAAUAUUUUCUCUAAGAACGUUGUUUGUCAAGAUUGUUGGUAGCAUUUCUACCGUAUCAGGAUCUCUUGUAAUUGGAAAAGCAGGUCCCAUGGUUCACACAGGUGCUUGCAUUGCAGCACUAAUGGGUCAAGGCGGUUCAAAGAAGUAUGGAUUGACUUGGAAAUGGCUGAAGUAUUUUAAAAACGAUAGAGAUCGACGGGAUCUCGUAACAUGUGGAUCAGCUGCUGGGAUGGCUGCUGCUUUUCGAGCUCCUGUUGGUGGUCUGUUGUUCGCUCUAGAAGAAAUGACAUCUUGGUGGAGAAGUGCUCUCUUGUGGAGAGCCUUUUUCACUACGGCUGUGGUUGCAAUUGUGCUUCGGGCUUUGAUUGAUGUUUGUUUGAGUGGCAAAUGUGGACUCUUUGGUAAAGGAGGUCUCAUAAUGUUCGAUGUCACGUCAGCUAAUAGCGCAUAUCAGAUCUGGGAUGUGCCUCCUGUUCUUUUUCUAGCAGUUUUUGGAGGCAUAUGGGGAAGUUUAUACAACUUUUUACAGGAUAGGGUUCUGCGGAUUUAUAACCGAAUUAACGAGAGAGGAGCUGCUUAUAAAAUAGUUCUAGCUCUUGCAAUCUCCAUCUUCACAUCUUGUCUUCUAUUUGGAUUACCAUGGUUGGCGUCUUGCCGCCCUUGCCCUUCAGAUACAUCAGAACCUUGCCCCACAAUUGGACGGAAUGGUAACUAUAAGAAGUUUCAAUGUCCUCCAGGUCACUACAAUGAUCUUGCCAGUCUAUUUUUCAACACAAAUGAUGAUGCAAUCAAAAACCUUUUCAGCAAGGAUACUGAUGCUGAGUUUCACCAUCUUUCGAUGCUAAUGUUCUUUAUCACCUGUUUUUUCCUGAGCAUCUUUAGUUAUGGGAUAGUCGCACCGGCAGGUCUCUUUGUGCCUGUCAUUGUGACAGGUGCCGCUUAUGGUCGAUUUAUUGGGAUGAUGUUUGGUUCGCACUCGACUCUUAACCAUGGCCUGUUUGCUGUUUUAGGUUCAGCUGCCCUUCUUGGGGGUUCUAUGAGAAUGACAGUUUCGUUAUGCGUAAUUAUCCUAGAGUUGACUAAUGACCUCCUCUUGCUGCCUUUAAUGAUGCUAGUUCUUCUUAUAUCCAAAACUGUAGCUGAUACCUUUAAUGGGAAUAUAUAUGAUCUCAUAAUGAAGUUGAAGGGUUUCCCUUACUUGGAAAGUCAUGCUGAACCUUAUUUGAGACAACUGGCAGUCUGUGAUGUGGUCACAAGCCCACUCCAGCUCUUCAGUGGCAUUGAGAAAGUUGGCAACAUAGUUCAUGUCCUCAAAACUACAGGGCAUAAUGGUUUCCCGGUGGUGGAUGAGCCCCCGCUUUCCCAUUCACCAGUUCUAUUUGGUUUGAUACUUCGUGCACAUCUCGUUGAAUUGCUAAAGAAAAAAGCAUUUAUUCGAGAUCCUGUACCUGCUGGAUCCGAUGCCUUUAACCACUUUUCAGCUGAUGAUUUUGCAAAGAAGGGUUUAGACCAUGGAGACAGAGUGGAAAAUAUACAAUUGACAGAUGAAGAGAUGGAUAUGUUUAUAGAUCUGCAUCCUUUUUGUAACACUUCACCCUACACUGUUGUAGAGACUAUGUCCUUGGCGAAGGCUCUUGUGCUCUUCCGGGAAGUUGGUUUAAGGCAUCUGCUGGUAAUACCCAAGGUUUCCGGGAGAGUACCUGUUGUGGGUAUUAUUACAAGGCAUGAUUUCAUGCCAGAGCAUGUGCUAAGCUUGCAUCCGUCGUUGGCUAAGAGCAAGUGGAAAAGAUUAAGGUUCAAGUUACCUCCCUUGGUUAAAUUCUUUUAGGGAUUACAUCUGACUUCGAAAAUAGUCCGGCUGAGGUGUGUGAAUAGAGCUGUACAACAUGGCUGCAAGAUGCUAAGUGGUAUAAUUUUUGUUCCAUAGUUUCCUUGUCAAACUCAAAGAUCCUAAGGGUCUUCAUUCUGUAUUUAUUUAGCUUCCAUCAAUCAAUUCAGUUAUGAAUAAAUACUUUCAUGUUUGUCA